AUGUCGACACUGCGGAAAACCUUGGAGGAACUCACCCAGGCCACCAAUAUCUUCGCUACCGAGCUGGAUGAGGCUGGGUAUAGUAAUUACGACUUUACUCCAGAUAAUUCUCCCUAUGAUCUUUCGUUUCUGAGUUUGGAGGGGCUCAGCGCUCGAGAAGAUCUGAUAACCGCAGCAAUGAAUAUACUCAGACUUGCUAGAGGACCACAAGAGCGCCUAACGACUUUUGCGGGAACUACACAGGGAGUUGAGCUUGGGACUAUGCAAGCCUUGGUUCAGAUGGGGAUCCCGCAGCAGGUACCUCUAAAUGGAUCUAUUUCAUACACUCAGUUAGCGGCCAGUGCUCAGAUCUCGCCAGAAUUGCUGCAACGCCUUGUUCGGCUUGCCGAUGUUGCUGGAUGA